UAGGUAAACAUAAACAUCUGAUACGAUAGAAAUUAGUUUUGAAUCGUUGUUAGCUGCUUUCAGUUUCUUCUACGGCAGUAAACGAAAAUCUCGGCUUAUUUAUUAGGGUAAUAACCCAUUUUAGUGCUUCAAGAAAAACGAAUAAUGUCCUCGGUGGUAUUGACCAAAAAUGAGCCGGGAGGCUUGAAAUGUUUGCAACAAAUCUGCCGGCUUUGUUUGAGUGAAGAAUCUCUAGAAGAUGUUUUUGCGGAAAAAGGUCUGCAUCAAUUGCUAUUGGAGUUCCUUUCAGUACAAGUGUCCAAUGAAGAUCAAUUGAGUCACUCUAUCUGCACGAUUUGUCGCUUACGAAUUAUCGAAUUCCAUCAGUUUUGGACACGAUGUCAGGAAGUGCAAGAAGUACUGCAAUCCAUGGUGCAAAACUUAAGCGUUGGUAUGGAACAAGGACUAACGACUGAGUCUGUUGACAAGAAACAUAUGCCCUUCGAACCGCGGGAAAUAAAAACUGAAUCGUGCGAAGAAGAACAUGGUUUCGUCGUCGCAAUAGACCAAGCGGAGGUUGAUCUCAAGUCAAGAGCUGAAACUCAGGGCACAAUAGAAAAUUAUAGUCAUGAUCAACUUGGAUUACUGGUACUAUCAGAUUGUACAGAAUUAUCACAUGAUAAUGAAAGAGACCAUCAGAGAGUUUCCUCUAAAGAGGCGGAAAAUGAACAAUUGAUGUACAUAAAAGAUGAAAUUCAUAUAGAAUCAGUCAAAAUCGAAUAUCUGGAAAAUGAUGCUGGAAGAACAGAUAUAUGUAAAGGUGAAUUAAAGUCGGGGACAAUCGCACUCGAGACAUCACAAAUAACCCAAAAUGGUGAAGAAGCUAGCAUAGUUCAAGCAGAACAAUGCAAUCUAUGUAAUAAGGUGUUUAAAAAUAGACAGCAACUAAAGAGCCAUAUACGCACAGUGCAUGGACCAAAAAAACACAACUGCAAUGUUUGCGGACUAAGUUUUCCCUAUCCGAGGAGAUUGAAACGACAUCAGCUCACCCAGCAACAUUUGGAAAAACUGGCUAAUGGAGAUGAUGCUGUGACUUCACAAGCGAAAGCCAAAGAAGCAUUGCAAUGUAAAGAAUGCAACAAAUCAUUCCGGAAUAGACGACUACUAAAAGCUCAUCUCAUAAUACAUGGUUCUAAAAAUUUUGAAUGUGACGUAUGUGGAAAGCCGUUCACAUUUCAGUACACACUAAAAAGGCAUAUUUUAACUCACGAUCCAAACCGUAUUCGCCAACCGCCGUCUGAUGAUGCACACGCUGAUGGGCCCUACUUUUGCGAUAUAUGCCGGAAAGCGUUCACGCGGAGAAGAUCACUGAGUUGGCACAGAACACAAGUACACGGGCCGAAAAUUCACGAAUGCCAUAUUUGCGGCAGAAAGUUCAGCACACGCAAUUGUUUGUGUCGACAUGUAACGACUCAUUAUCGUAAUUAGAGUUAAAUCUGUUGAACCUAUGUUCACACCAAAUAU